AUUUCUGAACGUUAGAUAGGAAGGUUGAAUAUUAUAAAAUAAAAUAGUUUUAUUUCAAAAAUGGGGAGCCGACUUCGUUUUACAGCCUUUACACUAUUGGGUGUGGGUGUUGGAACUUAUUUGACAACAAAAGAAAAUCCAGUUUUGAAAGAGGCUGCGCUUGAAGCUCAUCGUCCACCAAAACGUAAGAGGACCUUACCUUCUCGCGCCGAGCAACUGAAGGCUUUGCAAAGUGGAGAUGUAUUUGAUGUCCUCAUCAUUGGUGGUGGAGCUACUGGAGCUGGAUGUGCUUUAGAUUCGAUUACCAGGGGAUUAAAAACAGCAUUAGUUGAAGGAGAUGAUUUUGCUAGUGGAACAUCUUCAAGAUCUACAAAAUUGAUUCAUGGUGGUGUCCGGUAUUUACAAAAAGCUAUUCUCGGUUUAGAUUUUGAGCAGUAUCGAAUGGUGAAAGAAGCUUUGGCAGAAAGAGCGUUUAUGUUGGAAUGUGCACCUCAUUUGACUAGACCAUUACCUAUCAUGUUGCCAGUUUACACUUGGUGGCAAAUACCUUAUUAUUGGGCUGGAAUCAAAUGCUACGAUUUAGUUGCUGGCGAUAGAAAUGUGAAGAGCUCAUAUUAUUUGUCAAAAUCAGAUGCAUUGGAAAGAUUUCCCAUGUUGAAAGGAGAUGCAUUAAAGGGUGCCAUUGUGUAUUAUGAUGGCCAACAAGAUGAUGCAAGAAUGAAUCUCGCUGUUGUUUUAACUGCAGCAAGACAUGGUGCAGCAUGUGCAAAUCACGUCAGAGUUACUGACUUGAUCAAAGACUCUAAUGGAAAACUAUGCGGAGCGAAAGUUAAGGAUAAUAUAUCAGGAAAGGAGUGGCAAGUGAAAGCAAAAUGUAUUAUCAAUGCAACUGGACCUUUUACCGAUGGAAUCAGACAGAUGGACGAUCCUUCUGUGAAAAAAAUUUGUGCUCCUAGCUCGGGAGUUCACAUUGUACUUCCACAGUAUUACAGUCCCGAACAGAUGGGCUUACUGGAUCCAUCGACUUCCGAUGGAAGAGUUAUUUUCUUUUUGCCGUGGCUAAAAGGCACAAUUGCUGGAACUACUGACACACCUUGUGAAGUAACACAUUCUCCAAGACCAACUGAAGACGAAAUUCAAUUUAUUCUAACUGAAAUCAAGAAUUACUUGAAUAAAGAUGUUGAAGUACGCAGAGGAGAUGUGCUAUCGGCCUGGUGUGGAAUUCGACCACUAGUGUCUGAUCCAAAUAAAGGAGAUACUCAAUCGCUCGCUAGAAAUCAUAUUGUUCAUGUAAGCGGAUCUAAUUUGGUCACAAUUGCUGGAGGAAAGUGGACCACAUACAGAGCUAUGGCUCAGCACACAAUUGAUGCUGCCAUUAAAGCCUGUAACUUAAAACCUGAAAGAGAUUGUCAAACAGAAUGGAUUCGCGUUGAAGGUGCCCAAGGUUGGACUCCUACUAUGUACAUUAGAUUGGUGCAAGAUUUUGGAUUAGAUAUGGAGGUCGCAUUACAUUUACAGCAGUCUUAUGGAGACAGAGCUUUCGCUGUAUCUAAGAUGGCUGGCCUUACUGGCAAGCGUUGGCCUAUUAUUGGACGAAAACUUCAUCCAGAAUUCCCUUAUAUUGAUGCGGAAGUUAGAUAUGGUGUACGCGAAUAUGCUAUGACUGCCGUAGAUAUGAUUGCUCGUCGUUUGCGGUUAUCAUUUUUGAAUAGUCAAGCUGCAAUGGAAGCUCUUCCAGGAAUUAUAGAUAUUAUGGCUGAGGAACUUAAUUGGUCAGACAGUGAAAAACAACGUCAACACAAAUUGGCGUCUGAUUUUCUAGCUUUAGAAAUGGGACUUGUAGUGAACAGAGUUUCGAGAGAGAAGAUUCCAAUCAAUUUGAACGAUUCAGAAAUUAAAAUGUAUAAAAAGAGAUUCGAAAUCAUGGAUAAAGACAAGAAAGGAUUUAUUUCGAUUAACGAUAUUCGGCGAGGAUUGAAAAAGCAUUCGCACUCUGGAUCUCCCGAACAAUUUGGAGAAGAAGUAUUGUCAGGCGAGGAACUCCACGAAAUUCUACGCGAAAUCGAUACAAACAUGAACGGUCAAGUUGAAAUCGAUGAAUACUUGCAGAUGAUGUCUGCAAUUAAAUCUGGAGCAGUCGCUUAUUCUAGAUUUGCUAGAAUGGCAGAGCUAGAAGAACAGCAACAUGAAAAGGAUAAGUCUAAAACUAAAAUCUCCGUUGAACGCUCUGGGGGUGGACUUUAAAUUGCGGUAGAUAAACUUAAUUUUUCUGAAUAGCGUUGAAACUUCAGUUAUGAAUAUUAAUUGAAAAAGUUGUACUUCUUUAUCAUAACGGUAUUUUUCAAAAUCUGAACUUUGAUGUAAUAAAAAGAACUCUUUGAAAU